ACAUUUCGAAAAAUGUAAAACAAGUAGCUGUGUAAAUAAGUUAUAUAACGUGCGUCAAAAUAGUUGAUGUUGAAUCUCGUACGAAAAUGUAACUGUUUGGAAAGUUUAACGUUUCGUGGUAUGUAGUUCUCGAUCAACAUGUAAAAAACGACGCCCUGUUUAAACAUUCUAUUAAUAUACGAUUCCACUAAACACACCGAAAAAACUUUCAAACAGUUGACAAAUGGUGACACUCGUUGUUCUGUCAUAAUCGUCGUCGAUCGGUCCGAUAGUUACGAUGAAUUCGCAAACAUGUUUGCAUUAGCGGUAACAAUGGUGCUAGUGGAAAUAUUUGGAGGAUUGAAUUUAUCGUGUAUUAUUUGAGUGAGAUUGACCGUGGAAAGUCACAUUUGCCAAUUCCGAGGUGCAUUUGUUCGUUCCGUAGCGUGAACCCGCAGGCUAACUAGAAAUCAUCUCGAUUUCAAGAUAACUGUCAAAACCAUGACCUUUUUAAUAUGAGAGUAACGCUACGAACGAAGAAAAUUGAGCUUGAUAUCGGAGAAAUAUUUUCCAGACGACCUUAUAACCUUUGACACAUCAUGGAAAAUACAGCUGAUCCUGUCACUUGUGGAGGCUUUGUCUUUUACAAUAACUUCGACUCAUCAAAUUUAGAUAGAGUCGAAUUGGUCAAAGUGCCAGAACAAUCUGAAAAGGAUGGUAACGAAGCUGAAAACAAAUCAUGCAAAAGUUCAACCUCUGACGAUUCUGUCGAUUAUGAAUUCAACAUAUGGACGAAACACGAUUGCCAUGGGACACAAUUUCAAAAUAGCAAUAGGACAUGGUUUUACUUUGGCUUCAAAGCCUGUACCUCAGGAGCAUAUGUGAAAUUUAACAUAGUCAACCUAAACAAGCAAGUGAAAAUGUUCAGCCAAGGAAUGUGUCCAGUUUUUAAAGUUCUACCUGGUCAUCUGCAUUGGGAACGGAUUCGUGACAGACCCACGUACACUGUGGAUCAGAAAGGCAGUGAUUUUACAUUGUCCUUUGUUUAUUGUACUCCCGAAAACAUGAAAGCCAUUACAUACUUGGCAUUCACCUAUCCUUUCUCUUACACCGAUCUCCAAAAUUAUUUGAGAAGGGUCGAAGCUAGAAUAGCAAAGAGAAAUGUAACAUGUGCGGACGACGUUUACUACCACAGGGAAUGUGCAAUAAAAUCGCUGGAAGGACGAAGGCUAGAUGUUAUUACGAUUAGCUCAUUUCAUUACAUAUCAACAGAGAGAGAAGAUAGACUGAUUAACAUGUUUCCGGAGAAACACGAGGAGAGACCUUUCAAAUUUUGGAAUAAAAAAGUGAUUUUUGUUAGUGCAAGGGUCCAUCCAGGAGAAACACCAUCUAGCUUCGUCUUUAAUGGGUUUCUUAAUUUUCUUUUGAAUCGCGAUGACCAAAUGGCAAUCAAUCUCCGCCGCUUGUAUGUGUUCAAAUUAAUACCGAUGCUCAAUCCUGACGGAGUUGCAAGAGGUCAUUAUCGAAUGGACACCAGAGGAGUUAAUCUUAACAGAGUUUAUUUGAAUCCUUCUGUAAAAGAUCAUCCAACAAUAUAUGCCGCGAGAAAUUUAAUAAGGUAUUACCAUUACACAUACCAAUUGCCAAAGGAAGACGAUAUUUCGAGCGUAAGUUUCGAAAAUGGAGAGAAUAUUAUUGACUCUACUUGUGGAAUUGCAAGUAUAGUACGUGAUACAACAACUAGAUUGUUACAGCAGGUAACACUAAUGACAUUAGACGAAAAACGUCAUAAAGACAAACCGGACAUUUUUCAGGAACGCACAUUGUCUAGAGCACACAGCUUGGAUGACAUGCCACAGGGUAGGGGAGAAAGCCUAUGCAAUAGUACAGACGACAGUGAUUCUGUAGAACUUAAAUCAGAUAAAACAACGUAUUCCGCCGUUGGCGUAGGACAAUUACCGAAAGAGGAUUCCGGAUUAUAUUUAUACAUUGAUCUUCAUGGUCAUGCUUCGAAGAAAGGAGUAUUUAUGUAUGGGAACUAUUUUGACAAUUCGGAGGACACGAUAUCGUGUAUGCUUUUGCCAAAAUUAAUGUCGCUAAACAAUCCAAACUUCCAUUUCACAUCGUGCAAUUUUACAGAAAGAAAUAUGUACAUUAUAGACAAAAGGGAUGGAAUGUCGAGGGAAGGGUCUGGGCGGGUGGCUGUAUAUAAAUUAACUGGUCUCAUACGUAGCUAUACUCUUGAGUGCAACUAUAAUUCUGGUCGUUUAGUGAACACAGUACCUACAAGAGUUCGCGAUGGGGUUAACAAAAAUGUGCCUCCAAUUUUUGUUCCGCCAAAGUAUACACCAGCAGUUUUCGAAGCGGUCGGAGCAGCAUUGGGUCCUUCGAUUCUCGACCUUACAAGUAAUAAUCCUAAUAGUCGACUGCCAAAUAGUCAGUAUCGUUCUUUAAGGGGCGUAAGAUCUUAUUUAAAAUUAGCGUACGUGAACAAUGUGUCGACGCCAUUCGGCAAGCCUCUGCAUAAGGAUGAUAAUGGUAUUAUAUCCCAAGAUUCUUACAAUUUAAAGGGAAUCGAGUGUCAGGCAAACGAUUCUUCGGUAGGGACAAAGAGUUCCAUGAAGAGCGAGCCAAACCUAGCGAAAAAGCCAUGUAUCAUUCGACGCACCACAUCGUUUUACAGUGCAGUUAAACGAAUAAAAAGCAACAAGAAAUGUCGGCAAACUGUAACUCGUAGACCGCUGAAAAAUCAAUGCGUGAAUAACGUCGAGAAUAACUCUAAAAUCCCUACGAUUAGAUCAGAGGGCAUGAUAAAGCCGUUUUUAAAGAGCGCCGAGGGUCGAUUAAAGAAUUCGAAUUUUGGCUCUGUCAACGAUUCUCUGGGAAGGGAAUGUUCGAGUAAAAAGCAUACGGCAACAAACAAGCUGUCGAAAAUGGCCCUGUCUUCCGAGGAAACGGCAAUGAUAAAGCACGGUGCAAAGAGAUUAAAAGUCGUUUCUGCAAGAAUGUGCAAAGCCCGACCGGAGGUCGGCGAAUCGUCCAGCAAUGCACCGGAUGCUACGAAGCCGCCGUCGAAAUCGUUCUGUUUACGUGACAAACAAAACGCGAAGGAAACUUCGAAACCCAUUAAAAAGUACUGUCGGAGUGUAGAGCAAAAGAAAUUAAGGUCUUCCAAGUCGAAUGAUACGAGCAAAGGCACCAUAGUGAUAGAGAACUUAAUUAGCAACGAGUGUCCAAACUAAAUUCUAAACGAAACUAACUCGUAAGCAUAUAAUGUACUACAUACGUAGCGAUUUUAUGAUUUCUUUUUAGAUGAUUAUAUUAAGCGAAAUAAUUUACGCUGUGCGUGAAAAUUGCCAUUAAAACUAUUCGAUUAGCAUGCCCGAUGCGACUGUAUUGAGAAAUCUAGUGCAAUGUUGAAAAGAGUGAGAUAAAUUUUUUGUUUUUGUUGGUUUUUCCAUUUUGAAAAGAUUUAUUGAAUUUGUGUUACGCGAUUGAUGUAUUUAUGUAUAUUUUUUUAUUCAUUUUGAAUCGCAGUAUACAUUGUUCUCUAUUGUGUACGCAUAGGAUAUGCGUACGUACACGCUGCUAUAUUGUUUAUGUAAAAUGGAGAUGAAUAAAUGAUAAUAUAUAAUAGCUGA